AUGUUUAGUUUUGAACCUAAUGCCACCGAUGAUUUUACUUCUAAAAAUACGCCCGACGAUGGCCUCACAAACACCACAAAUCUACUUCAAGCCAUCUCUCCGUUUUUAUCUAAUGUCAUAAGCCCGGAUGAACUGCCCGAGAAGGCCCUUGAUCAAAUUACAAUGCUCGGUGGAGACGGUAUCCUUUACUUGCUACUGGAGGAAAAGGUUCGCUUCUACUUGAAGAUAUGCUGCAGAGUAGAGGCGGGACACCUUUUAUCUCGUGAGGGAACCAUGUUAAUUCAGAUAUUCGCCAGAACGGGGAGGCCUGCUCUUUUGUAUCGAGAUUAUACGGAUGGAUAUAUUGGUGCCUUGCAAGAGCUUCUUACAAACAACGUAACGAUUCAGCCGGAUGGAUGGAGUAGUUGGUUCAGAUAUGCCGAGUAA